CUGGGCCCAAAUUUAAAUUAAUUAAAUUGCAUAAGACCUACGAAUGGAUAACUAUAUAUAUGUGCUAGUUGGAUAAAAUGGCACAACAUUCUGCAUACCCCACUUGACGCGCAACAUGGUCAACUUUGAGCAAGCCGCCGAACUCGCCAAGAACUUCGCCAAGAAGCCCACGGACUCUGAGUUUCUUGAGUUCUACGGUCUAUACAAGCAGGCCACCGUUGGCGAUGUUAACAUCGAAAAGCCGGGAGUGCUGGAUCUGAAAAAGAAGGCCAUGUAUGAGGCGUGGAACUCGCACAAGGGCCUGUCCAAGGAUGCUGCCAAGGAAGCAUACAUCAAGGUCUACGAGAAGUAUGCGCCCAAAUACGCCUAAACGAUGAACAGCAGCAAGAUUAAAAAUCAUUUUACAUGCACAAUAAAUAUUGAAUCUUACCCAAAACAAUCAACAUAAA